AUGGGCUUGACUUUGGGCAACCGGCCUUACCUGGCGUCUCGGGACCUAAAUAAGUUAGCGUACACAUUCGGAGCAUUCAAAUACGUUUCCAAGUUAAAGCGUGGACGGUUCGGCCUCGGUGCUGGCAGUCACCGACGGCUAUGUGGCUUGCCGCUUGCUGCCGAGCAUAGCUCUGAUGUCACCGCUGACCACGGAGCUGUAGAGCGAUAA